UUCUGGAAUUGCUACGGAAAAGAAGCAGAGUUCCUGGUGGUGAUUGUCUGGAAAACGAAACGCCCCUCGGCUAUUGUGAUCGUUCGGGAAUGGCCGGAAUGCUGAAGGUGUCGCUGUUCUGUGAGUGGCGGGGACGGGAUGGGAGGAAGAUGUUUAACAUCGGGCAGAGAACCACCAAAAGCGAACAGCAAGAGGGCAGGGCGGCAAAGCUGAACCAACCCAGCUCCAUCUGACUGUCUCUCCGGAGCCGAGAUUUCCGAAGGAUGGGCUACAGGGAAUCGUGUGCGCUGUGCUGGGCAGAAUUCUGGGAUUAUGAAACUCCCAAAGUUGUGGUAGUUAAAAACCGAACUUUAGGAAUAAUUUACAGAAUUAUCCAACUACUUAUCAUUUUAUACUUUGCUGUGUACGUUUUUAUAAUUCAAAAAUCAUACCAAGAAAGAGAGAAUGCUCCAGAGAGUUCUGUCAUCACCAAGAUGAAAGGAAUUGCAAUGUCAAAUUCAUCCCUGGGAGUGAAAAUAUGGGAUGUGGUAGAGUAUGUUCAUCCACCAGAGGGUCGUGAUAUUUUCAGUGUUACUGUACGAACCAUAACCACACCAUUGCAGAAGCUGCAGUACUGUCCUGAGGAUGACAGUGUUCCUGGAUCUAGAUGCACAUCUGACUCAGAUUGUCUGGCUGGAGAAAUGGAAUUACUAGGAAAUGGAGUGAAAACUGGGAGAUGUGUAACAUAUCAUGAUUCGAUAAAGACCUGUGAGAUUUAUGCUUGGUGUCCAGUGGAGAAUGGACUAUCAAUAAGGGACUCUGUAUUGAAAAUGGUGCAGAAUUUCACCAUAUUGAUCAAAAACAGUAUUCACUUCCCCAGGUUUGGGUUUACAAAAGGAAACAUUCAGAAAAGCAGAGACCCAACUUAUUUGAGAAACUGUAGUUUUGAUGAAGGGACUGACCUUUAUUGUCCCAUUUUUCCAUUGAGCUUCAUUAUUGAAAAAGCAGGAGCAACGUUUGAUGAACUCAGCCAAACGGGAGGAAUCCUGGGAAUAAUUAUAAACUGGAUCUGUGACUUGGAUAAGGCAGCUUCAGAAUGUAACCCUCAAUAUUCCUUUAGAAGACUUGAUUCUAUUUCCCAAGGUACUACCUCUUCCUUAGGAUAUAAUUUCAGGCAUGCAAAGUACUACAUGGAGAACGGCACUGAAUACAGAACUUUAAUAAAAGUGUUUGGGAUAAGAAUUGACAUUAUUGUUCACGGUGAGGCAGGGAAGUUUGAUGUUGUACCAACAGUUAUUAAUAUUGCUGCAGCCCUCACAUCUAUUGGAGUUGGUUCAUUCCUGUGUGACUGGAUUUUGCUGACCUUCAUGAACAAGAAUGAUGUCUACAGUGCAAGAAAGUUUGAAGAGGUAUUCAAGUACACCCUAUGUAAGGGCAGGAGGUGGAGAGUCAUUUUGCUCAGUUAACUGGACAGCUGGUUUGCAAAGCAGAGUGAUGCCAACAGCAUGGAUUAUCCCUGCAUUGGCUGAAGUUAGCAUGAAGGAUUCGCCUUUUCAGUCUCUUCCUGCCAGAGGUGUGGUGACCCUCAGGUUUAACCACCAUCAGUAUUCUCUUUGUAAAGUGAGAGCACCCUAUCAUCUAAGACUAUGACAACUUUAUUUUUACUGUGUUAUGUUUCCAUCCCUGUACUGCCAGCAAGGAUUUCCAUAGUUCCUGCAACUCAGAAGCUAUUGUGUUUCAUUGUGUAUUUGACCAUUUCAGAGUAUCACAUAUCAAUUUGGUUGUUAACUUAGGUAAAAGGCUGGCUAAUAAAUAAACAUGAGAAUCUAUUCCAAAUAUUCCACAGGAGUCAAAAUUAAUCUUCAGAAAAUUGUUUUGUUUGUGUCUGCUAGUCUAAUUCAGCCUCAUGACCAGAGAUUAUCUAUGCUACUUGUUACUUUAAACAUUGUCUUCCUCCAACAAAAACAAGUCUAUGUGAAUCUCUUGUGAAUCUCUCCCAUAAUAAGCUCUUCCUUUUGUGAUCACUUUGCUGGAAACCCAAGAAACAUAUCAAUGCUGUUUGAAAACAGGGUACUCCAUUUACAUACAAAGUUAUAAACAUGUAACAAUCUAAUUUAAGUUGCAGUGAAAUGUAUCCUGAUGCACAGUACUGUACCACAGCAUUAACAUCAGUUUUACACUCCAGGCAUUCACUUCACAUGAAUACCCAACAAUCACAUCUA